UGGCCACAAUAACGUGUCAACCCUCCGUCAAAAGAAUGAUAACAAUAAUAAUAAUGAAAAAUAGCUUGCACGUUUAAAAAGUGUGUCAUCCCGUAGCGAUCUCAGCAGCUGAUUGACAGGUCGGGUUGUCAGGUGUGCUCGGUUGCUAAGAAACCGCACCGGAAGGCCGGAAACGAAGACGUUACACUAUUUUCAUCAGCCAGUUAUGAUUAUUUUUCUUAACCGUUGCUUUCUCGGUCUUCUAAUAAAUAACAAAUAAUACUCGGGUGGGGUUUUAAGCAACCGAUUAACGACCAUUGACCGUUUGACUUUAUUUUGUAUUAUUUUUCUCCUCCAUAUCAAUUUAGGCUACGUUCGGACCGUCGGCUGUUGGCUGGGGAGAGUGUGAUGCGCUAAUGGGGCGAAAGAAGUGCGGAGUCAGUCACACUGACAGUGGAGUGGUUCGUCACCAACGAGAUACACCCAUAAAGACAGCGCUGAGCAGACGACACAGGCACAGGAGACUUCUGCCGGACAACCAGUAUGAGGCCCUGCCGGAGGAGACUGAAGUGGAGGAGACGAUCGUCCCCACUGACAAACCAACCAGCCCAGUGUGGUGCAAAUCUGUGUCGCACAGAGUUGUCUCGCCGGCCUCUCCAACUAAUAAAAAAACUGGCUACCAUGUGUCAGCAGCACGGCACACAACCAUUCACAUGACCCCUGACACAGACGCUUUUAAAGGUGGUGAAAUUACAGUUAUGGAAAAACUGAAAAAAAGGCAAAACACGGCAGAGACACCCGAAAGCAUUGCAUCUUCUGGCAUGGAGACAGACUCAACUUUCACCUUUGAUGAUGAUGUGGAAGACACCUCUGCCCCUUCGUAUCUACGAAGCUUACCCUCACCCGAGAUCUUCAGGAAAGAGAAUUAUGAGGAAACGUUGACUUUCCCCAUUGACGAGGAGCUGUUGGAUCUCCAUCUUCCCAUAAAAAACUCCACCUUGUUGGAUGUGAGCGACGCUCAGACCAUCCACAUGCACGAUCCCCCAAACAUUUCUACCAUCACUGAAUCCUCCACGCUUCUCACUGAGACGAACUGUGCGAUCAGAAACGACAGAGCACCUGAACCUGAGACUAAAAUACAAAGAAAAUCCCUUAAAUCAGAUAAUCAGGCAAAAACAUGCAAGAGGAAAACCCCAAUUAAACUCACAAACAAAAGGCUCUUUUUGUGCAAGAAGAAAGUGUCGUUCAAAACCCCCGUCAUUGCCGAGAUCCUCCAAGCAAAAGAUGUCCCUGCGACCAAAUCAACCGUUCACAUCACCAGUGAGACCGCCCACACACCCGGCCCGGCCGAGCGGACGAGGCCCGAUGCAGAGACGUCCGGAGCUGGUGAGACGACCUCCGAAGACGGCACGCUGCGUCUGAGGGUGACGCUGAAAAGGCCUGAACAGAGUAGCCCGGAGAAAGCCAAGUUCUUUGACUUUGUCAGCGAUAGUGACAGGGAUCUGUUCUUUCAGAGGGCGAGAAGAAGGUGCGUCAAACUUCAAAGUAUUACUCUAUUUCCUGUCACUGCUGCUGAGAACACGGACGCUUCUGUUCUGUGACAAAAUAUUGUUUGGCCUUUCUCGCAUUAAUCUUGAUCUGUGAGGCCUGUAUGUGGAAUGUCCUGUUAAGGAACAAUGUAAUUGUAGUUUAAAAAAGGGGUACAAGACUUAAUGUCCAAAAUUAAUUUUAAAAGAGUAAUUCUAAAUGUAUUAUUUAAAAAGCUACAGCCUGUUUUUAAGUUUGUCUGCUCAACAUAAACCUUGUGAACAUUAUCUAAGUGACCUUUUACAUUCCCCUGAUUCUCUGACUCCAUACAAACUGUCCUCCCAUGGGCUUUAUUUUUACUAAGCAAAUUAAUAUAACCGUUCCUUUAAUUAUAUAGAUUUAUGAAAAUGCACUAUUCCCCCCAUACACAUUGUGAGCUCUCAAAAUGUGUGUGUGUGUUGCUAUAUAACCACUAGAUGUCAGACCUGUAUUUGAUUAAAUAAUCAUUUUUUUCCUUUGUCCUGACGGUGAUUGUUUUUCCUGCUUUAUAUGUGUAGUAUAAAUGUUGUUUGUAAUCAUAUGUGCAUUUCUAUUGAUUAUUUUUGACUGCUUGUGUCCAUGCUGUAAAAUAGCUUCAUGUAAAUUGUUUAAUUUAUACUAAAUGUUUAAUGUGACCUGAAUAAAAACUAAAUGUAAGGCAUUUUUGGGGUCUUUGUGUGUGCUUGUGAU